UACCGAAAGGGCCAGUUUCAGAAGCGGCUGAGUUGUGAAUAUCGUCCUCAAACCUCCUCAGCUCAAACGCUCAACCCUCCAUGGACUCCGUUCUGUUUCCUCACCCUCUCUUCCCCCACAUAUUCAUCAGUUCAAGCUUUCCUCCCUCUCUUGCGGCUCCACAGAGUAUUGGGGUUGGGGUUGGGCUUUCCAGGCACAGGUGGUGUUCCACUUGCUGGGCUGUCGGGGUGUCUGGAGUUGGAGCUGGAAACGUCUUUGAUAAGAUUCCUCUCAAGGCAAAUGAAAAUGGGUCUGUGUUGAGUGCUCUUGAGGGGCCGACUUCAGCGCCAUUUGGGACACUGGAUGCUGAAAUUACCCCCGAAACCAUUGAUUUCUUCGUUAGCGAUGCUGAGGGUGAUCCUGACAGCCCAUCUGAGGGGUUCUCUUCCAUCGAGCAAGCUCUCAAUACACUGCGUCAAGGAAAGUUUGUGAUUGUAGUAGAUGAUGAAAUUGGGAAAGCUGAAGGGAACCUUGUCAUGGCUGCAUCUCUUACUAGUCCUCGGGACAUGGCAUUUAUGGUUAAGCAUGGGUCGGGAAUUGUGUCUGUAGGCAUGAAAGAGGAGCACCUUGAGAGACUGAAGCUCCCUCUAAUGUCACCUGACAGCGAAGAUAAAGAUUCUUCUGCUCCCACUUUCACAAUCACAGUGGACGCAAAAGCUGGAACUUCCACUGGAGUAUCAGCAUCAGACAGGGCAAAAACUGUUCUUGCGCUUUCAUCUCCUAUUUCUACACCACAAGACUUCAGAAGGCCAGGCCAUGUUUUUCCCCUCAAGUACCGAGAAGGCGGAGUUCUGAGAAGAGCUGGUCAUACCGAGGCUUCCGUAGAUUUGGUCAUGCUGGCGGGCUUGCAGCCAAUUUCUGUUCUUUCAGCUAUUGUUGAUGGAGAUGAUGGUUCUAUAGCCACUUUGCCCAGUUUAAGAAAGUUGGCCUUGGAGCACAGCAUCCCAAUGGUCUCAAUAACUGAUUUGAUCAGGUAUAGGAGAAAGAGGGAAAAACUGGUCGAAAGAACUGCUAUUUCCCGACUACCAACUAAAUGGGGUCUAUUUCAGGCUUACUGCUAUCGCUCAAAGCUAGAUGGAACAGAGCAUGUAGCCAUUGUGAAGGGAAGCAUUGGACAAGGGCAAGAUGUCCUAGUAAGAGUUCACUCAGAGUGUUUAACUGGGGACAUAUUCGGAUCAGCUCGAUGUGAUUGUGGCAACCAGUUGGAUUUGGCAAUGCAGUUAAUCGAGCAAGCCGGCAGAGGAGUUGUGGUCUAUCUCCGAGGUCAUGAAGGGAGGGGGAUUGGUCUUGGUCACAAACUUCGGGCCUAUAACUUACAAGACGAAGGUCAUGACACAGUUGAAGCCAAUCUAGAACUUGGGUUAGCAGUUGAUGCUCGUGAGUAUGGGAUUGGAGCCCAGAUCCUAAGAGAUGUAGGAGUAAGAACCAUGCAGCUAAUGACCAACAACCCAGCCAAGUUCACCGGUCUGAAGGGAUAUGGGUUAGCAGUUGUUGGGCGGGUUCCGGUGUUGACUCCCAUUACAGAGGAAAACAAGAAGUACCUGGAAACAAAACGCACCAAGAUGGGACAUAUCUAUGGGUCUGACAUAGAAUGACCUGUAAUAUAGACCACACCAAACCACCAAAGAGACAGAGCACCACUCUACGUGAGCUCUUUCUCUUCUCACACAAAGAGUUACAGGUUUAUACUUAUAACUUAUUCAUUUCUUGCUCACUUUGUUAUUCUUUCCAUUCAUAUAUCAAGGGCUAUGAAGUGGACCUAUCUUUUCUCUCUUUAUAGUCUAUACUCAUCCGAUUAAAAAGGAUAAAGAAAGAUAAAUGUAUAGAAAAAGGCGGCCUUUGAAAA